AUGUUGGUGAGGGCGGGAGCGGCAGCGGCGGCAGCGGCAACAACCCUGCCCGGGCUGCGCCGGUUGUGGCGGGGCGGGGGGAGCGGGGCCGCCGUCUGCUUCCCGCUGGGCCGGGCGCUGUUGGACGUGCGGGGCGCCGAGGCCGCCCUCUUUCUCCAGGGGCUCCUCACUAACGACGUCACGCGGCUGGUAGCGGCGGACACCCACCCCGCCGCUGCUCUGCCGCGCGCGCUCUAUGCGCAUGCGCUCAACGUCCAGGGCCGCUGCCUCUAUGACCUCAUCCUCUACAGGCUUCACGAGAGUCCAGAAGAAGAGCCGCACAUCCUGCUGGAGUGUGACAGCGGUGUGCUGGACGCCAUACAAAAACAUCUGAAACUGUACAAGAUCCGGAGGAAAGUAAACAUCGCCCCUUGCCUUGACCUCUCUUUGUGGGCCGUCGUCCCCGGGGAGCAGGCUGAAGACAUUGCCAGUUCCCUCACUAAAUGUGCAGACCAGGCUCUGAUUUUAACUCCUGACCCCAGAACAGAAGUCAUGGGCUGGAGACUGAUUACAAAGAAAGGUGUAAAUCUGUCGGAGAUUAUCCCUGGGAGCCAUGUUGGAAACAUUCAGGAUUACCACAGGCAGAGGUAUAAACAAGGAAUUCCUGAAGGUGUGAAAGAUCUCCCUCCUGGAGUAGCCCUCCCACUGGAGUCAAACCUGGCCUACAUGAAUGGCAUCAGCUUUACCAAAGGCUGUUACAUUGGACAGGAGUUGACAGCCAGGACCCACCACAUGGGUGUCAUUCGCAAACGUCUGCUGCCAGUCCGCUUUUCCGCUCCUCUUCCCAAGGACAGCAUUCCUGAGGGUGCCGAGAUCUUAACCGAAUUGGGAAAGUCGGCUGGCAAGUUCCGGGCUGGAGGAGGUGAACUUGGUAUAGCUUUGCUGAGGUUAGCUAAUAUAAAUGAACCACUCUACCUAAAUAUAGCGGGUGAUAAAGUGAAGCUCACUGCAAGUAUACCCGAGUGGUGGCCAAAACCUGCUAGUAAAUAGAUGAGGAACCACCACUCACACAUUUGCCUUAUUGAGAAUAUUUUGUGUGAUAAGUUUGGGAAGGCGACUCUGCCUUCAGUUUGUGGUGUUUGAUGGGGGGGGCAUUACAGGAUUCUCCAAACCGGGACUGAACAGCAGGAACCCAAACCAGCGGUGGGUCGCUGAGGACAGGAGGAUAAUCUGUUAAGCGUUGUGGAGAGACCCGUACAGGGUACGCAAGGGAGCACACCUUUUUUUGAGGGUGCCCUGUAUUUAUUUCAGGGGUGCCACGUGUCAUUGGGUUGGAUUGCUCCUGAAUUUUCAGUCCACCCCUCGCUCAAUCCGCCUGUGCUCUGCGUAGGGUGCGGUGUGUGUUCAGACCGAAGCGAGCAACGGGAGCAGGAGUUUCCCUGUUGCAUGCACUGAAUGUUUUCUGUUCAGAAUAACCAUUCUGUGGUAUUAUAAUGUCUUUUUUUUUAACAGAGAGCAUGCCACUCUUACCUUGCGUAAGAUACAUACUCAGGCUGAAGUGUUCACUGCAAAUUACUCCUUGCAUUGAGCUGCUUCUUAAACUUGCUGAUGGGGUGGAUGUUUUUUCCCACCGCUCUAACUGCUAAUUGUGUUCAGGAAGAGGAAUACCUUGUACUCUGCAUUUCAGUCCUUGAUUUUAAUAAGUCAUUUCUGGUGGGAAAGCUCUCAAACAUCCCGGUCCCCUGCUUCAGCACCGGCAGAGGGAGCACAGCCAGCAAGAGCCAGCUCCUCUGCCGCUCCUGACCUGGGUCAUGCACGCUUCCUUCACUCGAACAACUGUUUCAGAGAGGAAAGUGAUUAUUUUACAGAAAUAAGGUGCGCCAGUGCGUGCCCUGGGGUGACUAUUGUAUUGGUGUGCUGGUGCUUGGCAGAAUAAUCUCCUCCUAGAAGCACGUGCCCUCCAGUUGCCAACAACAGUUGAGGGGUGGAUUUUUUUGGCAUCUCCAUCCUGUAGAAAAAUCCUCCGCGCUUUCCUGAAGCCUUUGGCAGGGGUUACCUCGCUCCCUCCACAAAGCUGGUGAAGGGACAGUGUGUCCCGAUCUCAGACCUUUGCUCCUUCCCUCAGUGUUAAGCUGCAGUCCCCGGAGAAGGGGUUAAUGCCACACGUGCUCUUGGCUUAGCCUGGUGUUCCGGAGGGAGGAUUUUCACCAUGCUCGCUUCCCUGGCUGCUUCACCACCAUGCUUGUUCCAAGAGCCCUCUGUACCCCUCAUCCAAAACCCCGUCCCUGCUGCCGUCUCUAGGUGAGGUUUCCUCCAUCCACCGUCCCCUGUGGGUUUUCGGAGCAGCCCAGUACUUCAGGUUUUCUUUGCUGCUUUUUUCUGGCUCCCGCCACUCUUCUGUCUUCGCACUUUUUCGUGCUUCUGCAGUCAAUGUAUUCCUCUUCGCCUCCCCAAAGCCAACCAGCUCUGUGCCUCCUAACCCUGUCAACCUGCAGUGAUUUAUAGGAGCCCUGUGUAUUUUUGUAUUACAAGAAAUCUAUUGCGCGCCCGCGCUUGGAAUGGCGCAUGUGCAGAAGGGUGUGAUGAGAGAGAUGAGCAGGGGAGAUCCCAUGCAGACCAAAAAAAAGCUCUUGCAUGCUUAUUUGUAAUAAAAACCAUCCAAAGCACGUUCUGCCACUGUUUCAGUGUCACUGUUACUGUGAAAGGAAUUUAUCUGUGAAAAAUGCUCAUAUUGGUUAAAACUCUUUAUGCUUGCUGUAAAAUGAGUUUGUGGAAUAUCUGAUUAAAAGUUUAUUGUAUCCGUAAUUUAAGUGUGACUUGUCUGAAAAAGAAAAGAUGCUACCUUUUAUUUACCUUGUGGGAAGGUACACAACAGAAUACUUCUUUGGGUUGCUUGC